AUGCACUCGACUACCGUAAUCCUUCUCGCUCUCACCGCCGUCCACACCGUCUCCUCGGCUUGUGUCGAUUUGACGAAUCCUUCGACGGGGACCAGCGACUGCCCCAAGAUGGCCGCCUAUUGUACCAACUCGGUCUACUUGAGCUUGAUGAAGACCCAGUGCCCGAAAACUUGCGGAUAUUGUGAGUGACUGGGCCCUCUAUACUUCAAUCCAAGUCCUAGAAGUCUGCAAAGUUUGGGUCCGAAAGUGGGGGCCUCGACAAGUCUUCAAAACGCCUGGGUCGUGGUCGAGUUUUCUGGGAAUAUUUAAACUUUUCCGCUUCAAACUGCACAUGAAUUCGCUGUGUUUUACCUUGGCUUAGUGGCUCAUUUCUGUCCUUUUUAGGCUCUUGUGAUAUCUCGGCAAACCUCUGUAGAAUUUACGCAGCUAAAGUUGCGUAAGUUUUGCGCAAAAGUUGCAGAGAUUUGCCGAGAUGCUCAUACUUUAGUGUGCAUUGAAAAUAUUCAGAGGAAUAGUUCUAAAACAGAACUCGUCGUUUCAAGUUGAUUCUGAAACCGAUUGGAGUUUGUUUGCAGGCACCUCCUCCUCGUCGACGUCUUCUUCGUCUUCCUCGACGACCGCCUCCUCUUCCACGUGCGUCGACCUGACGAACGCGGCGACUGGCACCAGCGACUGCCCCAAAAUGGCCGCAUAUUGCACCAACUCGGUCUACCUGACGCUCAUGAAGCAGCAGUGUCCAAAGACUUGCGGAUACUGUACCUCCGGAUAA